GAUGAAGCAGUUUGACUGUCAACGAUUAAGUAACGAUGAAGCGUUGACUUGUUUACAAUAAUUAAUAUUGUCACAUUUUCUGUCACCAGUGUGUGAACCAUAGCUAGCUCAUUAGAUAACGCCGGUAACUUAUCUAGCCUGCACGCUAACACAUAGCAAGCUAGGAUACUGUACUAUACUCAUUUUUCUGCAGCUGGUUGAUCUCAAAGCUGAACUCGACUGGUCCUGGUAUAGUUUUGUAAUUCGUUACACUGGUCUUUAAAUGCUGUCAUAUUCUGUAUGUAAGGUUGACAUGUGAAGGCCCUGCAUAUGCAAUUUGUAUUUCUCGCAUUGGAAUUACAGUCCUCUUUUCCAUUGUGUCAGAUGAGUAGACAGAGGGACUUUUCCUGGUGGAUUUCACCCAGAAGAUUAUUGACAAGAAGAGAGAGAAUCAUGCGGACCAAGACUUUCAGGGAAAAGGACGUGACCCGGCUGAAAAGGACCGACUAUCAGAGGACAUGCGUAGAGAGCUGGAGAGGGAGGAGGCCAUGAACAGUCCUGUGGGACGAAUCCACUACGAGGACAUCAGGGAGCAACGUUGACAUGGCACUGGUUUCAUAGAUACAGUAAUCAAACUGUAUUUACUGUACUUUUUGAACCAAACCCUGAGAGAGGCCCAUGAGCUGGGUGUGGGCUACUUUGCAUUUUCUCAGAACCAGGAGCAGCGCAGGAAACAGAUACUCUGGACAUGCUCAGACACCAGAUGACAGACCAGCGCAGUAAGAGGGAGCAGUUGAAGGAGAACAGGAAGGCUCUGCUGAAUGCUCAGUUGGCCAAGGUGAGGCAAAGGAAGAUGAAGACGAAGCUGGACGGAACACAGGACGACCAGGGAGCUGGACCCAAACAAGAAGAGGAUGAAGCCCAUGAGGAGGCCCCUGCAGUGAAAAAGUUGGAGGUAGAGAUCCAAGAGAGGAGAGACACAAAGUCAGGAGUACCCCAAAUAGGGAGUGGGACAGGGGCAAAGGUAAACACUACUCCUUGUUUCUGGUUGACACGAUUGGCAUGGAUCUUUUUUUAGAAUGAAUGGUGAUCAUUGAUGAAUCACUGCCACCACACUGGCAUAACAUGUAUAACAUGGCAAAGUAGAGCAGGAAAGUUCCAGGUGUAACCAAGGACUGCUUGCUGUAGUCAACGCCUGUCAGAUCAUCUCUGGUAAUUUCCUCCAGUGAGACACCAAAGAGUUGUAUGCUGCCUGGAGGGUUAGAUCAUUAACUAACUGUCUUCUCUUUUUUCAAUUUGACAACACUCAUUUUUUUUUUCAAUUUGACUUUUUUGGCGAGUGGACGAGUCGGCGGCAGGAUGAUAGGGAGUCAGAGUUCACUCCUCCCUCUGUGUACUUCAGCGACGAUAAGAGACGGGGCUACGGGAAUUGGGCCAAACGAGAGCAGGACAAACCCAAAAUGGCCUUCAUGUGGUCAGAGGGGCAGGGUGGAGGGCAUAGCCACCCCAGGCCAAGCCCAAAAGUAGUUCUUUACCCCAGCCCCAGUCAAGUACCCCUGUACCCUCUCAACCUACAAUGCUAUUCAUUGACUACAGCUCAGCGUUCAACACCAUAGUACCCUCAAAACUCAUCACUAAACUAAGGAUCCUGGGACUAAAUACCUCCCUCUGCAACUGGAUCAUGGACUUCCUGACGGGCUGCCCCCAGGUGGUGAGUGUAGGUAGCAACACAUCUGCCACGCUGAUCCUCAACACUAGCUCCACAGGGGUGUGUGCUCAGUCCCCUCCUGUACUCCCUGUUCACCCACGACUGCAUGGCCAGGCACGACUCAAACACCAUCAUUAAGUUUGCAGACGACACAUCAGUGGUAGGCCUGAACAAAGACAACGACGAGACAGCCUAUAAGGAGGAGGUCAGAGACCUGGCCAUGUGGUGCCAGAAUAACAACCUAUCCCUCAACGUAGCCAAGACUUAGGAGAUGAUUGUGGACUACAGGAAAAGGAGGACCGAGCACGCCCCCAUUCUCAUCUACGGGGCUGUAGUGGAGCAGGUUGAGAGCUUCAAGUUCCUCGGUGUCCACAUCAACAACAAACUAGAAUGGUCCAAACACACUAAGACAGUCGUGAAGAGGGCACGACAAAGCCUAUUCCCCCUCAGGAAACUAAAAAGAUUUGGUAUGGGUCCUGAGAUCCUCAAAAUGUUCUACAGCUGCAACAUCGAGAGCAUCCUGACUGGUUGCAUCACUGCCUGGUACGGCAAUUGCUCGGCCUCUGGCCACAAAGGAACUACAGAGGGUAGUGCGAAUGGCCCAGUACAUCACUAGGGCUGAGCUGCCUGCCAUCCAGGACCUCUACACCAGGCAGGGUCAGAGGAAGGCUCUAAAAAUGGUCAAAGACCCCAGCCACCCCAGUCAUAGACUGUUCUCUCUACUACCGCAUGGCAAGCGGUACCGAAGUGCCAAGUCUCGGACAAAAAGGCUUCUCGACAGUUUUUUCCCCCAAGCCAUAAGACUCCUGAACAUGUAAUCAAAUGGCUACCCUGACUAUUUGCAUUGUGUGCCCCCCCAACCCUCUUUUUACACUGCUGCUAGUCUGUUUAUCAUAUAUGCAUAGUCACUUUAACUAUACAUUCAUGUACAUACUACCUCAAUUGGGCCGACCAACCAGUGCUCCCACACAUUGGCUAACCGAGCUAUCUGCAUUGUGUCCUGCACCCACCAACCCCUCUUUUACACUACUGCUACUCUCUGUUCAUCAUAUAUGCAUAGUCACUUUAACCAUAUCUACAUGUACAUGGUACCUCAAUCAGCCUGACUAACCGGUGUCUGUAUAUAGCCUCGCUACUGUAUAUAGCCUGUUUUUUUUACUGUUGUUUUAUUUCUUUACCUACCUGUUGUGUACCCAACACCUUUUUUGCACUAUUGGUUCGAGCCUGUAAGUAUGUUGUAUUCGGCGCACGUGACAAAUAAACUUUGAUUUGAUUUGAUCCCCUGGUCAGCACCAAAACACUGUCCAACCCCAAAAUGUACCUCCAGCCCCUCAGUGCCCCCUCAACCCCCCACCUUAGUACCCUCCCAACAGCCCCAACCCCAAUACACACCACCACCAACAUACCCUCAGUUUGCUUCCCCAUUUCAGUCCCGAUUUGAACCUCCACCCUUUCACCUUCAGUAUCUUCCUCAACUUCAGUAUGCAGCCCCAAACUCAGCCCCAGUGCCCCCCUCAGCCUCAGACCCAGCUCCCUUCCCAGAGCCUGGAUAACAUGCUGUCUUUCAGCAAGAACUCUGCUUGAUACUCACAGACGCACCUGUAUUAAACUAACCCAAACACACAAACAACGUCGAUGGGUGUUAGACUAUAGUGACGUUACCAUGAUCUUUAAACCACUCAGAGGGCACCAAAGAGAUGGACCCAUUUUCGUAAUCUGAUCUUGGAUUUAGACUGCUGAUCUUGUACAUGUGUGGUGAUUGUGUGUUUUGAGUGACAGGACAAUACUGAGGAUCAGCCACGAUGUAAUAGCUGUUUUCUGGUUAAGUACAGGCAUUGAGACGUCUCUGGAUGCUUGUCAUUAUAUUCAAACAUAUGCAAUUACCUGUGAUCAUUUAAAUGGAUCUAUGGAAUAUACACUGCUCAAAAAAAUAAAGGGAACACUUAACACAAUGUAACGCCAAGUCAAUCACACUUCUGUGAAAUCAAACUGUCCACUUAGGAAGCAACACUGAUUGAUAAUAAAUUUCACAUGCUGUUGUGCAAAUGGAAUAGACAACAGGUGGAAAUUAUAGGCAAUUAGCAAGACACCCCCAAUAAAGGAGUGGUUCUGCAGGUGGUGACCACAGACCACUUCUCAGUUCCUAUGCUUCCUGGCUGAUGUUUUGGUCACUUUUAAAUGCUGGUGGUGCUUUCACUCUAGUGGUAGCAUGAGACGGAGUCUACAACCCACACAAGUGGCUCAGGUAGUGCAGCUCAUCCAGGAUGACACAUCAAUGUGAGCUGUGGCAAGAAGGAUUGAUGUGUCUGUCAGCGUAGUGUCCAGAGCAUGGAGGCGCUACCAGGAGACAGGCCAGUACAUCAGGAGACGUGGAGGAGGCCGUAGGAGGGCAACAACCCAGCAGCAGGACCGCUACCUCCGCCUUUGUGCAGGCCACAUGUGCAUGUCUGCUCAAACGGUCAGAAACAGACUCCAUGAGGGUGGCCCGCCCGUGGUUUUCCACUUUAAUUUUGAGUGUGACACCAAAUCCAGACCUCCAUGGGUUGAUACAUUUGAUUUCCAUUGAUAAUUUUUGUGAUUUUGUUGUCAGCACAUUCAACUAUGUAAAGAAAAAAAGUUUAAUAAGAAUAUUUAAUUCAUUCAGAUCUAGGAUGUGUUAUUUCAGUGUUCCCUUUAUUUUUUUGAGCAGUGUAUAUUCAGUGUUGGGAUAUAGCUUUCGGUGAGGAAGGUUUGACUGACAUGCUCUAGAUGGCGCUGUGCCCAUUUACCAUUGUUUUAUGAGCCACCAGACUCUGUAGGUGUGUUCAGAAUGUGUAAUGUUGAGUGUUUUAAACGGUUUUCAAUCCAACGGAGUACUCACUGGCCUGGCAUGACCUCCUCUGGUCCAUUGACAAGGAGGCAGGUGUGUUUGUCCCAUCAGGAAGACAGGUCAGGGAAAUGUUUAGCUUCUUCAAACAGAGAAUCAAAGGGAACUUUAAUAUUUCUGAUGAUUAUAUUGUAUUAGAGUUAUUUAUGCCAUGUGAGUUAAUAAUAUAUAUAUAUACACACACACAAUCACAAUCAUAUAAACUUUACCAACAAGGCUCUGUAAGCAAGCAAAUGUUUCAAUUUUGUACCACUUAAUCCAUGUUUAAACCGUUUUGAAUGCACCUCUGAAGUACAGUAGAUCAGGUAAAAUCAGGUAAAAUCACUACUGUUUCCUUUUUUUCAACUUUUUAUAUGUUUAUAUAUCUUACCACUAAAAGGCAGUGUAAUAUGUGCUUACUGCUUACACGUACUUCCUUUAAUUUCAGUUUGCCAAUUAUUUUAAUACCCUAAAAAUAUAUUUUACAUUUAAAUCAGUAAUUUAAUGUUAUCGAUGCAAUGGUUCCAUAUAAUUUCAGAAUUCAUUGAAAUUAUGUUGUUACAAUAAAAUAAUCGUAUUGCAGUAGCAGGUCGGACACUAAUGACAUCAUCAAGAGACAGGACUUUUCUUCAAUGAUGGGUGCAUUCGAAAAUUCGCUCUGCCUGUGUACUAGACUAACUGAUGAAUUGACGAACGCUCAACACCCGUUGUCAGUAAGCGUCAACAAAAAAGUGUAAUUAAAUUGUUGCCAGCAGCACAGUUACAGUCAUUAACGCUCUGGGUAACAGCCCAACCAGCUCUGCUUAGGGCGAGUAAAAUGGUCAGAGUGAUGUGUUCUGUAAAUUGUGUCUGGAAGUAGCUAGCAAGCUAGGCAACGUUAGCCAGUUAGCUUGGGUGCCUUGACCGCCGUUGUGAGGUCAGAACGCUCGGAUCAACCCUAGUCCUCGGUCAGCCCAGUGUGCGUUCUGAACGCACCCAAAGCGAAGCGCUACAACGGCACAGUGCGCGUUCUGGCACUCCAGAGUGAAUUUAAGAACGCACCCAACAUCACAAAAGUUGUCAAAAAUAUGAUUAGUAAAGUACAGAUACCCCAAAACACUACUUAAGUAGUACAUGAAACUUUUUUUUACUUAAAUACUUUACACCACUGCAAAUAAAUGAAUUUUGUCUUAAUAUUGUGCUCAGUGUUGUUUCAACAAACGAGGGAGCAACUCGGUGCCAUAGAGCCCAGAAUAACCCAAAGACCAAGGAAGGAAAAAUAAAUAAAGACCAAUACUUAUUUUCCACCAUAAUUUGCAAAUAAAUUCAUUAAAA